AAAGACAGAAAGGCGAAGCCGCUCUGCGAAUUCUUAUUAUGUAUUAAAUAAUACAAAUUACGUGUUGUGAAUUAAAUCAAAAUAAAUGAGUGUAGCGCCUCGAAUUCUUAGCUACAGCUAGUGAGUGCAUGAACGUGCCAUUGCAGUACGACAUCGCGUUGUUGCUGUUGAUGCAUGUCAAAAAAGAAUACGCAAAAAAUCUUUGUUAACAACAAAAACAAAGUCUGCCAUGAGCCGCCUUAUAGAGAAGCCCAACAUUGCCAUGUCCAUCACAUCGUCAGGUAGUCAAUUAUCCAACACAGUAGCUGGCGGCUCGGCCAGCAAUGCGGCCACAGCGGACGACACACCUUCCCCGGCAGAGGAUGAGGAUGGCCACAGCAGCGCAGCGAGAACUCAAAUGCUGACCCCCUCCGCUGAUCAGGAUGCAAUGUCCUCAAAUAUGCGCAACAAAGUGGACCAGGUGCUCGUCAGUCUGAUAGCGGGCGCUGCAGCCGGUGCGUUGGCCAAGACCACAAUCGCUCCGCUGGACCGCACGAAAAUCAAUUUCCAGAUACGCAAAGAUGUGUCAUUUUCGUUCAGGGCCUCGCUCAACUAUCUGGAGCAGACAUACACCAGGGAGGGCAUGCUCGCCCUGUGGCGCGGCAACUCGGCGACGAUGGCGCGCAUUGUGCCCUACGCAGCCAUCCAGUUCACAUCCCACGAGCAAUGGCGACGCGUCCUGCAUGUGGAUCAGAAUGGCGCCAGCACUAAGGGACGCCGUUUUAUCGCCGGCUCGCUGGCGGGCAUAACCUCACAAUCGUUGACCUAUCCUUUGGACUUGGCUCGCGCUCGCAUGGCUGUCACGGACAGAUACACUGGCUAUCGCACUCUGCGUCAGGUGUUUGCCAGGAUCUGGGUGGAGGAGGGUCCGCGUACCCUGUUCCGUGGCUAUUGGGCCACAGUCUUGGGUGUUAUACCCUAUGCGGGCACCUCCUUCUUCACCUACGAAACGCUCAAACGCGAAUAUCAUGAAAUCGUUGGCAAUACAAACCCGAAUGCUUUUGUUUCGCUGGCAUUUGGUGCAGCGGCCGGUGUAGCUGGUCAAACGGCUAGCUAUCCGCUGGACAUUGUGCGCCGGCGUAUGCAGACAACCCGGGUGAACAUCAAUGCGCCGCAGUCUUCUCCAACGAUACUGGCGACGCUUGUUACAAUAUACAGGGAGGAGGGCAUCAAAAACGGCUUCUACAAGGGCCUGAGUAUGAACUGGAUCAAGGGUCCCAUUGCCGUUGGCAUUAGCUUCUCCACGUACGAUCUGAUCAAGGCUUGGCUUAUCGAACUGUCCCACUUAAAGCGUGGUCGGGCUGAGAACUAGCAGUUGCCCUACAUACACAUACACAUACACACACACACACACACAAACACGUAUACUCAUUGAUA